UAUUCUGUUUUGAAAAAGUAAAGAAACAAUGAUCUGUAAAUUGUAAACAACUUGGCCCAAAAUAUCAAAAAAAUAAACAACUUGGCCCAUAUCCAUUCAUAUCUCAAUUAUAAAAUUCAUAAUAAGUAAUUUAUACUCUUUAAAAAAAUCAGAAAAAAAGGGAACGUCACAAUACACAUAGCGCCUCGCUGUAAUCACUGAAAUACAAAUAUUUAAAUCAUCCGUAAUUCCACAAAGCAGUGAGGGUAUUAACGUAAUUUCCACCUAAAGACGGAAAGCGAGGGUGGUGGAUAGAGAGAGAUAUGAUAAGAGAUGGAAACACCUCUCUAUGAGGCCCAUAUUCCAUUCAUUUCCUCUCUCUCUUCUCUCUCAAUACCAUUCGUAAGCUCGCCGGAGAAACUCAUCAAUAAAGAUGGCGCAGAGAACGGAGAAGGAAGAGACGGAGUUCAAGGUGGUCCUCGAAACCUUGCCGACGACGACAACCCCGACGCUCUGCUCCAACAACUGCGGCGUCACCGCGAGUCCAUCAACCAACAACAUGUGCCAGAAAUGUUUCAACGCCUCCGUCGCCGGUAUAGAUCCAAAUCCGAUCGUGAAAAGAUCAGCCAGAUCCGUCAGUCUCCGGUCAACGCCAGCCAGAGCCGUGAUCCGUCCCAGGGAGACCGAUCCGGUUAAGAGAGACCACCAUCAGCAGACCGUAAACCGAUGCUCCGGCUGUCGGAAGAAGGUCGGGUUGACCGGAUUCAGAUGCCGAUGCGGCGACCUUUUCUGCUCCGAGCAUCGGUAUUCGGAUCGCCACGAGUGCAGCUACGACUAUAAAACCGCCGGUAGGGAGGCGAUCGCUAGGGAGAAUCCGGUCGUGAAGGCGGCGAAGAUGGUGAAAUUGAGUUGAUGUUCGGAUCGGAGAAGGAAUCUUCAGUCGUUGGUGGUGGUGGUUCAAAGCUCCGAUCAAGAUCGGAGAGAUCGGUUUGAUGCAGCAAACGAAGAUGAGAGAGAGAUUCUCUCUGCUUGAUUAAAUCUGAACCGUUGAUUUAUUUUUUAUUUUUAAUUAUUAUUAGGUGAAUGAUUGUUGUUGUUGUCUUUGCUUCGGAUGUGAUCUUUCUCGAUCAUCAAGACAAGUUGUGGAGUGGCAUGUGUAUGUAGAUUCGUUAGAAAUGAAGGGCGGUUUGGUAA